AUGGUCGCUCAGCAUCACCACCAUGCCAAAGCGUCAGUCGGCAACGAAACUACGGUAAUCCAGGCACGAAAACGUGCACAGUUGUUGAUCGUAAGGAACCUACAGAUCGAAGCGUUUGAGGAAGAAUUCGAUUCCUUUGAAAAGAAAAAAGGACUGUCAAAAACAUCACCACUGUUAAAACUCAACCCAAUAAUCGACUCCGACGGUCUCCUACGCAUUGAUGGUCGUCUUAAACAAGCUGACCUUCCGUACGAAGAACGUCACCCCCUCAUUCUACCCGGGAAACACCACGUGACAAGUCUAAUCGUUAACAACUGCCACGAAGAAGCGAAACACCAGGGUCGUCAUUUCACCCACGGCAUGGUCAGAUCAAAAGGAUUCUGGAUCGUCGGCGGAAAACGCCUCGUCAAUCGCGUUAUCCAUCAGUGCCUGAAAUGCAAGAAACUCCGAGGCAAGCUUCAUCAGCAGAAGAUGGCAGACCUCCCAUCAGAACGCAUCACUCCAUCAGCUCCUUUCACCUUCGUCGGACUGGACGUUUUCGGUCCAUGGGAAGUCACAGCUCGUCGUACUAGAGGAGGACACGCUUACAGUAAACGAUGGGCAGUAAUCUUUACUUGCCUUUCAACGCGAGCUAUUCAUAUCGAAUUAAUCGAGAGUAUGGACGCUUCUAGUUUCAUAAGGAUGAAAUAAGAGGAUCGUGCUUGUUAAAGAUAACAAGGAACAAAGUCUCGCCGAGAAAUUUAAAACUUUAGCCACAUUGAUCGAAGGCGAAUUCAAAGGUCAUAGCGACGAGCAACACGCGGAAGCCGAAGAUACAUUGGGUAUGGACAAAACUGUUGAGAAUGUAUCGACUAAAAAGACAUCUAUACCUACACAUGCCACAGAAUACCGGGAAGACGUAGAUAAUUCAGAAAUCGAGAUGAAAUCGACUAAAUACGGUUGCGAUUCUGGUAAAAUUAUAAAUUCACAAUGCCACUGCAGUGAGUUAGCGGUUCAAUUCAAGCGUAUCGAAGGUCACUUAAAACUAUUGAAAAAUCGAAUUGAAGUUCGCGAAGCUGAUGAAAUUGCUUUGAUAUGUAGGACUGCCACAUGCCGAAGCGAAAAGAGUUAUCUAAAAAGUGAGUUAGAAGUGGCCAAUUCUAAAAUAAUAGAUCUCCAAGCGAAAAUCAAACAUCUCGAAAAUGAAAAAUCUAGCUUGACAACGGCAAUAAGAAUAAUACAGGAAGACACUGAUACUGAGGAUGAUCAAGGGGGAAACCAGUGGGUCGAACCAAACAAAAAGAAAAAGAAACGUAAACGCGAUCAGACUCAGAAACUACAAGAAAUGCCGACAAUUGCUACGCAUGAAAAUUGUCCUCUCGAGACAACCUGUGCUGACGAGUCAAAUGCUACUGUUAAAAAAAAUGUAAUCAUCUCGAGCAGGCAAGGGAGAAAAGAUGGAUAUCCGAACACUCGAGGAAAUCAUCAAAAUCCCGUUAAAGUAAUAAUAGCAGGCGAUUCCAUGAUAAAGCACAUCAAUGGAUACAAGAUGUCGAAGUCUAACACAAGAGUUCAAGUCUCGUCGACCUUCCCUGGAUGUACCACACUAGACCUGGAUGACUAUGUUAAGCCAGUAUUAAGAAAAAAACCUGACAAAUUGAUUCUACACGUCGGGACAAAUAGCCUAAAGGGUCGUGAGAAUUCCACUCAUUGCGCAGAAGAAAUUAUAUCAUUGGGAGAAAAAAUAAAGAGAUCAAUCCCGGAGACGGAACUAGUCGUGUCUGGCCUUGUCACGCGUUCAGAUGACGAAAUGCUAACACGUAAAGUGAAUGAAGUCAACGCAGCGCUGAAGGAAUCUUGUGAGUUGAAGGCGAGCAGGGUGUCACCAAUAUUUAAGAGUGGUGCUAAAACUGACCCAAGUAACUAUCGGCCUAUAUCCGUUAUUCCAGUGGUUGCAAAAAUUUUUGAAAAAAUCAUUUUUGAUCAAUUAUAUGAAUAUCUUAAUACGAAUAAGCUGUUAAGUCCCUGUCAAUCUGGAUUCCGAUCAAUGCAUAGCACUUUAACGGCACUAAUUGAGGCUACUAUAAUAUUGACAAUGGACUGGUAAAUGGAGUUGUUUUUAUUGAUUUAAAGAAAGCUUUCGAUACGAUUGAUCACGACAUUAUGUUGCUAAAACUUGAAAAUUAUGGAGUUGAGCGAAAUAGCCUAACUUGGUUUAAAUCGUAUCUCACCGAUAGAAAUAAAAAAUGUCUGGUCAAUGUUCAAUUGUCAAACUCCGUCCCAAUAACCUGUGGCGUUCCUCAGGGAAGCAAUUUGGGGCCACUACUUUUUCUUGUCUAUAUUAAUGAUUUACCAAACUGCCUCAAUCAUACAACACCCAGAAUGUUUGCAGAUGAUACGAGCGUCAGUUAUGCCUCAAAUUCUGUUGAAGAACUGGAAAAUAUCAUAAACUCUGACCUCAAAAAUCUCAAUAGUUGGCUUACAACCAAUAAAUUAAGCUUAAAUAUCGUAAAAACAGAGUUUAUGAUUAUUGGUUCUCGCCAGAAAAUAAGAGUUAUAGAUGGGGAAAUGAAUAUUAAGAUAAAUGAUAAUAAAAUAAAUAGGGUUGAUUUCGUCAAAUCCUUAGGGCUACACAUUGACGAACACCUUUCUUGGUCAGUACAUAUUCGCAAAUUAUGUAAAAAAAUUGCUUCAGCUAUAGGCGCUUUAAAACGCAUUAGACCGUUUAUUACCAUGAACACUGCUAUUCAAGUUUACCAAUCUUUAAUUCAACCUCAUUUUGACUACUGUUGCUCGGUCUGGGACGGUCUUGGUGAAACAUUAAGCUGUAAAAUACAGAAAUUGCAGAACCGAGCGGUAAGGGUCAUUACGAGGUCUAGCUACGAUACCAGUGCAAGCACCCUAUUAAAUACUUUACACUUAGAUCGCCUUUUCUUAAGACGCAAAAAGCUUAAGGCUGGCCUAAUCUUUAAGACUCUCAAAGGGAAAGUACCGUCAUAUCUACAAGACUUUUUUCAGUUCGUGACACAGGGUACAAUUUAAGAAAUUCUGAGACAAGAUUAAAUUUGCCCAAGCCACGAACAAAUUACUUAAAACGAAGCUUUUGUUAUAGUGGUGCCUACUUGUGGAACAGUCUUCCUCAAGAUAUACGAAAGCUUCAAACAUUUCCACAAUUUAAGAAAGCUGUAGAUAAGUAUUAUAAUAAUUCAAGUGAAUUCCCACACGGCACUCUUGUAAACCAGUAGUAGAUAAUUUUUAGAUUUUUUUUAUAAUUGAUGUGUGUAUGUAAUUUAUAACUGUCUUCUUACGCUUAUAAUAGUUAGAUUAUCCAUGUACUGAAGAUUUUACCGUGUUUAAAUAAAUUUGUAUUGCUUGAUUGAUUGAUUGAUUGAUUGAUUGAUUGAUUGAUCGAAGAUGUUCAUGUAAACAAAUAUGGCGUCUCAAUUGACUCGACACCGUAAGAAAACAAUUUUUUGUAUACUAAUGAUGAUAAUUGAUGAUCAUCCUUCGGUUACAAUUGAAAGGAAAACUUGGGCUCGAAACUGGCUUUUAAGACGGACUGAACUGGCCGCAUAUCAUACAAUUUUUCGUGAAUUAUCUGUAGAAGAUACAGCAGGGUUCAGCGAAUUUAUGAGGAUGCCAUACUCUAAAUUUACUGAAUUGGUCGAACUAAUAAGCCCUAUAAUAGCAAGGUGUGAUACUAUUAUGAGGGAAGCUAUUUCACCAGGUGAGCGAUUAGCGAUAUGCAUAAGGUAUUUGGCUACAGGCGAGACAUUCCGUUCGUUAUCGUUUCAGUUUCGAAUUGGAAGGACAACUAUAUCUGAAAUUGUCCUAGACGUCUGCACAGCUAUUUUUAAUGAACUGGGAAAAUCCCACUUGCAAACCCCAAACAGUACUGAAAAAUGGAAGGAAAUCGCUGGAUUAUUUUUAUCAAGGUGGAAUUUACCAAACAAUAUUGGGGCAAUUGAUGGCAAGCGUAUUUUGAUUCAAAAACCAGCACAUUCAGGAUCACACUUUCACGAUUACAAAAGUAAUGAAAGUAUUAUUGCGCUAGUUGUUGCCGGGCCUAACUAAGAGUGCCGGAUGCACUGCGGAUGUUGGGACAAAUGGUAGAAAUCCAGAUGGGCAUGCUUGGAGUAGAUGCACAUUAAAGAAAGCUCUGGACACUGCAACAAAUCCCUUAAAUUUACCAGCUCCAUGUACACUUCCUGGGCGGUCAGUUCCUGUCCCAUUUGUUCUUACAGGAGAUGAAGCAUUUCCAUUGACAACUUAUUUAUUAAAGCCUUAUCCAAAUAAAAAUCUCACAGUAGAGCAAAGGAUUACCAACUACCGCAUUUCAAGAGGCAGAAGAAUAUCUGAAAAUAUUUUAGGUAUUUUGGGAAAUAGGUGGCGCUGCUUUCGUGUUCCAUUUUUAUUGGAACCAGAAAAGGUAAAGAAAAUAACAUUGGCCAUCCUUGUUUUGCAUAACUGGCUAAGAGCUGAUGCCGGAAGCAGAGCUGUCUACUGUCCUUCGACCCUUAUAGACAAUGAGAAUUGUGACACCGGAGAAAUUAUUAAAGGAACUUGGAGAGCAGAUACCACCUCAGAAUCAUUUUUAGAUUUACAACCAACUAUUUCCAGAAAUAGCACAAGUAAAGCUAAACAGAUGAGAGAGGAGUUCAAUGUAUGGUUCAAUAAUAAGGGAGAUCUGCCAUGGCAAAGACAAAAUUGUGGAUUGUAA